AACACCUUAAUCCCCAUGGAAGCGAUGCUAAGCAAACACAUAAUCAUGCUACCAUUCAUGGCACAAGGUCACCUCAUACCCUUCUUAGAAUUAGCCCACAAGAUCCUUGAUCACAACCCAAAUUUCACCAUCACCAUCGCUAACACCCCUCUUAACAUCAACUACCUCCGUUCUGCCAUCGCCAACCGCCCCUCUCGUAUCCAUCUUAAAUCCCUCUCCUUCAACAGCUCGGACCACGGCCUCCCUCCCAACUCGGAAAACACUGACGGACUAUCAUUGUCUCAAAUUGUAACACUCUUACACGCCUCCACGGCCCUUGAAGCCCCAUUUCGUCGGUUCAUAUCUGACGUGGUAUCUAGUGAAGGAAGUCCGCGGGUAUGCAUAAUUUCGGAUGUGUUCAUGGGAUGGGCUAAUGGCGUAGCGAAAUCUUUUGGCAUUUUUCAUUACACAUUUACCACAUGUGGCGCGUAUGGUACCGCCGCAUAUUGUUCCAUAUGGUUGAAUUUUCCUCAUCGGAACCUAGUCGAUGGUGGAAGCCCCGAAGAGUUUGUAGUUCCGGGCUUCCCGGAAUCUUGUCGCUUUACCGUCAUGGAGCUUAAUCAAUAUGUUCGGGCUUCUGACGGUAAAGACGAGGGGUCAAGAUUCUACCAAACGCAAAUCUCAUUUUCUCUUGAAUCUAACGGGUGGUUAUGUAACACGGUUGAAGAGGUAGAAACAUUGGGGUUGGAAGUCUUGAGAAAUUAUGUAAAACUCCCUGUUUGGUGUAUUGGCCCACUUAUCCCAUCUAAAAUGUUAAAAAAGAACUUGGAUUCGGAUACGAGUUCGGGUAUUAGUGGUCAAAGAUCCGGAAAACAACCCGGUAUCCAACUCAAAAAAUGCAUGGAAUGGUUAGACUCACACCCUACAGGAUCGGUGCUUUAUAUUUCAUUUGGGUCUCAGAACACGAUAACCGAGACCCAAAUGAUGGAAUUAGCAAAAGGGUUAGAAGAGAGUGAGAAACCUUUUAUUUGGGUAAUUAGGCCACCAAUCGGGUUCGACCUAAAAGGUGAUUUUCGACCCGAAUGGUUGCCUUCGGGUUUCGAGGAUAGAAUUGUGAAACAAGGAUUGGUUGUGUAUGAGUGGGCACCUCAACUAGAGAUACUAUGCCAUCGGUCAACCGGUGCUUUUCUAACCCAUUGUGGAUGGAACUCUGUGACGGAGAGCUUAAGCCAAGGGGUGCCAUUAAUUGGUUGGCCGUUGGCGGGAGAGCAAGCGUAUAAUGCGAAGAUGUUAGUGGAGGAGAUGGGUGUUUGUGUUGUGUUAACGAGAUGGGUGGAUAGUAGGAUCACGAAAGAGGAGGUGAGUAAGGUGAUCAAUGUAGUGUUGGAUAAAAGUGAAGGUGGAAAAGGUGAAGAUAUGAGAAAAAAAGCAAUCCAACUAGGGGGAUUGAUAAGAGGAAGUUUUGAGAUUGAUACGGGAUCUUCUUACAUUGCGAUGAAUGAUUUCUUGACUAAUGUGCUUUCUGGAUUUAAAUCAGUUAUCAUAUAAAAUGAUUCAAAUAAAAAAAGUUUGAAACCAAUAAAACUAAAUGUGAACAUUUUGUAACCAUUGCUUUCACUUACAAAAA